AUGGCUCAACUAGACACGCUCGACAUCGUCGUCCUCGCCGUGCUGCUGCUCGGAACGGUCGCCUACUUCACCAAGGGCACCUACUGGGCCGUUUACGGAGAUCCAUAUGGCAACUCGCUCGCGACCGGCAAUGGCGCGGCCAAGGCGGGCAAGUCCCGAAACAUCUUGGAGAAAAUGGAGGAGUCAGACAAGAAUUGCGUGGUGUUCUACGGCAGUCAGACCGGAACCGCCGAGGACUAUGCUUCGCGUAUCGCCAAGGAGGGGCAUUCCCGCUUCGGCUUGAACUGCAUGGUUGCGGAUCUCGAAGAUUACGAAUACGACAACCUCGACCAGUUUCCAGAAGACAAACUCGCCGUGUUCGUGCUUGCCACCUACGGCGAGGGGGAGCCUACGGAUAAUGCGGUCGAGUUCUACGAAUUUCUCGGCGGAGACGAUGUGGCCUUCAGCGAGGGCGCAUCCGCCGACGAGAAACCUCUCAGCAAAAUGAAAUACGUCGCUUUCGGUCUAGGGAACAACACUUACGAGCACUACAACUCCAUGGUGCGCGACGUCGACAAGUACCUGACCAAGCUCGGCGCGACCCGGCUUGGUGCCGCGGGCGAGGGUGACGACGGUGCCGGUACGAUGGAAGAGGACUUCCUCGCAUGGAAGGAGCCCAUGUGGACUGCUGUAUGCGAGGCCUUGAAUUUGGAAGAGCGCGAAGCCGUUUACGAGCCCGUCUUUGAGAUCAAGGAGCGUCCGGAACUUUCUGCUGAGGAUGACACCGUGUACCUGGGUGAGCCUAACAAGAAUCACUUGGAAGGCUCCCAAAAGGGCCCCUAUAACGCCAACAACCCCUUCAUCGCUCCCAUCGUUGAGUCCACCGAACUGUUUACUGCUGCAGACCGGAAUUGCCUACACAUGGAAGUCGGGAUCGAAGGCUCCAACUUGUCGUACACCACUGGUGAUCACAUUGCUAUUUGGCCCACAAACGCGGGCAAGGAGGUUGACCGCCUUUUGAACAUCCUUGGUUUGAAGGACAAACGUCACACCGUCAUUGCAGUAAAGGGACUCGACUCUACGGCCAAGGUGCCAUUCCCUUCCCCGACCACCUACGAUGCCGCUGUUCGCUACCACAUGGAAAUCGGUGCUGCUGUUUCGCGUCAAUUUGCGUCCCAGCUAGCGCAAUUCGCUCCUAAUGAGGAUAUCAAGAACGAAAUGACUAAACUCGGAAGCGAGAGGGACUAUUUUCACGAGAAGGUUUCGGAUCGCAAUCUCAACUUGGCACAGCUACUUGAGAUCACAUCGAAGGGCGAGCCUUGGACGAAGAUCCCGUUUUCGUUGUUGAUCGAAGGUCUACUGAAGAUUCAACCUCGUUACUACUCUAUCUCAUCAUCGUCGCUCGUCCAGAAGAACAAGAUUUCCAUCACUGCCGUCGUUGAGUCUAGCCAGAAGCCUGGUGCACCUCACAUUCUCAAGGGAGUCACCACCAAUUAUCUACUUGCUCUUAAGCAGAAACAACACGGCGAGCCAAACCCCGAUCCGCACGGCUUAGAGUACUCAAUCACCGGUCCUCGAAACAAGUACGACGGCAUUCAUGUUCCCGUCCACGUCCGUCACUCGAACUUCAGGCUUCCUUCGGAUCCUUCAAAGCCCAUCAUCAUGGUUGGUCCCGGAACCGGUGUCGCACCUUUCCGUGGCUUCGUCCAAGAGCGCGCCGCACAGGCAAAGGCUGGCCAGCCUGUUGGCAAGACCAUACUGUUCUUUGGCUGCAGGAAGAAGGCCGAGGACUUUAUAUAUGAGAAGGAAUGGGAGGAAUACAAGCAGGCUCUCGGCGACAACUUCGUCAUGCACACAGCCUUCUCCCGCGACGGCUCUAAAAAGGUCUACGUGCAGCACAAGCUGGAAGAGAACGGCGAAGAAGUGAACAAGCUCCUCGAACAAAAGGCCUACUUUUAUGUCUGCGGUGACGCCGCCCAUAUGGCGCGUGAAGUCAACACACUGCUCGGCAAGAUUAUCGCCAAGUACCGGGGCGUGGACGAGUCACGAGGCGAGGAGAUCGUGAAGGCGAUGAGGGCGUCGAAUCAGUACCAGGAGGACGUAUGGAGUUAG